CGCUAGUUCAUCCUCCUAGCUGCGUUGCAUUACGCGCAAUCGUCAUAUUUUUCACUGAGCGCCUGAUGCUGCGUGGUCUCGAUCCCGAAGUCGACAACAACAUCUGGCUCCAAUGGACCAACCCCGUGCCUUCAAUGACUGCUCUCGCAGUGCAGGGUUCUCAAUCGUGGUCACGCGAGAUGUCGAAGCACGUCCGCGAGAUUCGCGCAAAAGAUAAGGACGCCCUGCCUUGGCUCAUGAUCUACGAAAAGCCCGCGGCCGAGGGCGAACUUCCUUCAGCACUGGUUCCGAACGAUGACUAUUUUCGCACUGCAAAUGGCAAGGCCAGGUACCCGGCUAUUGACUUUCUCAAUAUCGACAAGGUCGGCGGGGCUGUGGAUACGAGCAGGACUGUAUCAUUUGAGAUUCUGUUGGAUGAGAAGCGUCAAGACAGAGGCUUGGGUAUCGAAGUUCAACGCUUGAUGUGUGAUUAUAUAUUCAUGACUCUUGGCUAUCGUCGUAUCGAGCUCAGCGCCGAUGCAACAAACGCCAGGGCUUUAUAGAGUCUAUCGAAAGCUGAGUUUUGCCGAAGAAGGGCGAUGACGCAAACGAUUCUGGCGUGAGGGCGAGUGGAGGGACGUUGUCGAAAUGGCCAUGUUGGAGGAAGAAUGGUCCAGCUCGGGAAACUUAACGGCCAAUGACACG